CUGCCGGGCAGCCUCGCCCGGACCCGGACCCGGCCUGGCCUCGGGCCGCCUGCCGAGCCGGCGGAGGUAAUCCAUGCUGAAGAGGCCCCAUUCAUACAAAUGAACAAAGGGUUGAGGCAGCACUUUCAACCCAGAUAGUCAGUCGGCUAACUGCCCAGCAGGAUGCCAUCAACCAGCCGAGCGGGCAGCCUGAAGGACCCAGAAAUUGCAGAACUCUUCUUCAAAGAAGAUCCAGAAAAACUCUUCACAGAUCUCCGAGAGAUUGGCCAUGGAAGCUUUGGAGCAGUUUAUUUUGCACGUGAUGUGCGCACCAAUGAAGUGGUGGCCAUCAAGAAAAUGUCAUAUAGUGGGAAGCAAUCCAAUGAGAAAUGGCAGGAUAUUAUUAAGGAAGUCAAGUUCCUACAAAGAAUAAAACAUCCUAACAGUAUAGAAUACAAAGGCUGCUAUUUGCGUGAGCAUACAGCAUGGCUUGUUAUGGAAUAUUGUUUAGGAUCAGCAUCAGACUUACUAGAAGUUCAUAAAAAGCCAUUGCAAGAGGUGGAAAUAGCAGCAAUUACCCAUGGUGCUCUCCAAGGGCUAGCAUACUUGCAUUCUCACAAUAUGAUCCAUAGGGAUAUCAAGGCAGGAAAUAUCCUGCUGACAGAGCCAGGCCAGGUGAAGCUUGCUGACUUUGGAUCUGCUUCCAUAGCAUCUCCUGCCAAUUCAUUUGUGGGGACGCCAUAUUGGAUGGCCCCAGAAGUAAUUUUAGCCAUGGAUGAAGGGCAGUAUGAUGGCAAAGUAGAUGUUUGGUCUCUUGGAAUAACAUGUAUUGAGUUAGCGGAAAGGAAGCCUCCUUUGUUUAAUAUGAACGCAAUGAGUGCCUUAUAUCACAUAGCACAGAAUGAAUCCCCUACACUGCAGUCUAAUGAAUGGUCUGAUUAUUUUCGAAACUUCGUAGAUUCUUGCCUCCAGAAAAUUCCUCAAGACAGGCCUACAUCAGAGGAGCUUCUGAAGCACAUGUUUGUUCUUCGGGAACGGCCUGAAACAGUGUUAAUAGACCUGAUUCAGAGAACAAAGGAUGCAGUGAGAGAACUGGACAAUCUGCAGUAUCGCAAAAUGAAGAAACUCCUUUUCCAGGAGGCACACAAUGGGCCUGCAGUAGAAGCACAGGAAGAGGAGGAGGAGCAAGACCAUGGCGUUGGCAGGACAGGAACAGUGAACAGUGUCGGAAGUAAUCAGUCCAUUCCCAGUAUGUCCAUCAGUGCCAGUAGCCAAAGCAGUAGUGUUAACAGUCUUCCAGAUGCCUCAGAUGAGAAGAGUGAGCUAGACAUGAUGGAAGGGGACCACACCGUGAUGUCAAAUAGCUCUGUCAUCCACUUAAAGCCUGAGGAAGAAAAUUACAGAGAAGAGUCUGAUUCUAGAACAAGGACAUCAGAACCACAGUCUCCACCCCAAGUAUCUCGCCACAAGCCACAUUACCGCAAUCGAGAGCACUUUGCUACUAUACGCACAGCAUCACUGGUGACAAGGCAAAUGCAGGAACAUGAACAAGACUCUGAGCUCCGAGAACAGAUGUCUGGCUAUAAACGCAUGAGACGGCAGCACCAGAAACAGCUGAUGGCACUGGAGAACAAACUGAAGGCAGAAAUGGAUGAGCAUCGCCUCAGGUUGGACAAAGAUCUUGAAACGCAGCGAAACAACUUUGCUGCAGAAAUGGAAAAGCUAAUUAAAAAACACCAAGCAGCCAUGGAGAAGGAGGCUAAAGUGAUGGCCAAUGAAGAAAAGAAAUUUCAACAACAUAUUCAAGCCCAGCAAAAGAAAGAACUGAACAGCUUCCUGGAGUCCCAGAAGAGAGAAUACAAGCUCCGUAAAGAACAGCUCAAAGAGGAGCUGAAUGAAAACCAGAGCACUCCAAAGAAGGAGAAGCAGGAGUGGCUCUCCAAACAGAAGGAGAACAUCCAACAUUUCCAGGCAGAGGAGGAGGCCAACUUGCUGCGGCGCCAGAGACAGUAUUUGGAGCUGGAGUGCCGGCGCUUUAAGAGAAGAAUGCUUCUCGGGCGCCAUAACCUGGAACAGGACUUAGUUCGGGAGGAGUUAAAUAAAAGGCAGACGCAGAAGGAUCUGGAGCACGCCAUGUUGCUGCGACAGCAUGAGUCUAUGCAGGAACUGGAGUUCCGCCACCUCAGUACCAUCCAGAAGAUGCGUUGCGAGCUGAUUAGGCUUCAGCACCAAACUGAGCUCACAAACCAGCUGGAAUACAACAAGCGACGAGAGCGUGAGCUAAGGCGUAAGCACGUCAUGGAAGUUCGACAGCAGCCUAAGAGUCUGAAGUCUAAAGAACUACAAAUAAAGAAGCAGUUUCAGGACACAUGCAAGAUCCAAACCAGACAGUACAAAGCACUGCGAAACCACCUCCUGGAGACCACACCAAAGAGUGAACACAAAGCUGUCCUGAAACGGCUCAAAGAAGAGCAGACCCGGAAACUGGCCAUCCUAGCUGAGCAGUAUGAUCACAGCAUCAAUGAAAUGCUCUCAACACAAGCUCUGCGUUUGGAUGAGGCACAGGAAGCAGAGUGCCAGGUUUUGAAGAUGCAGCUGCAGCAGGAACUGGAGCUGCUGAAUGCAUAUCAGAGUAAAAUCAAGAUGCAGGCUGAGGCCCAGCAUGAUCGGGAGUUGCGUGAACUGGAACAGAGGGUGUCCCUUCGCAGGGCCCUCCUGGAGCAGAAGAUUGAGGAGGAGAUGCUGGCAUUGCAGAACGAGCGCACCGAACGGAUACGAAGCCUGCUGGAGCGUCAAGCCCGCGAGAUCGAAGCCUUUGAUUCAGAAAGCAUGAGGCUAGGUUUCAGUAACAUGGUUCUGUCUAAUCUCUCCCCCGAGGCGUUCAGCCACAGCUACCCGGGAGCUUCUGGCUGGUCCCACAAUCCUACUGGGGGUGCCGGACCUCACUGGGGUCAUCCCAUGGGUGGCCCACCACAAGCUUGGGGCCAUCCAAUGCAAGGUGGACCCCAGCCAUGGGGUCACCCCUCAGGGCCCAUGCAAGGGGUACCUCGAGGUAGUGCUAUAGGGGUCCGCAACAGCCCCCAGGCUCUGAGGCGGACUGCUUCUGGGGGACGGACGGAGCAGGGCAUGAGCAGGAGCACAAGUGUUACUUCACAAAUAUCCAAUGGUUCACACAUGUCUUAUACAUAACUUAAACAAGAACUGAAGGUGGCAAUUCCACUGGAGCUGUCUGCCAACAGAAACUGCCUACAGAUACGUCCCAGCAGCCUCCUCAGUGCGGGACUGCAGUGGGAUGCUGGGUGAACGUGGAGUAUUGUAUUCAUUUUGUAAAGCACUCUGUUUUGUGUUUACUAACUGGGAUGUCAUAGUAUUUGGCUGCAGGGUUUGGUUUUUUUAAUUUUUAUGUUUUAGGGGGGUACUGGGGAGGGGAUCUAAGACAUAUAUGCAACUAGUCAGAGAAGUUGUCUGUUGGAUAUGGCAUUAAAGCUGCACAGGGGCCUCAGACUGCUUUCAUCACCCCAUCCCUACAGAGCGGUGGGAAGAGUUCAAACCUUAACAGCCACCCGAGCAGACCGGGGGGCUGAAAUAAGUCACUAUCUGGUGAAGGAGCAGCUGUAUUUUCUCCCCAUUGUUUAUCAUGAAAUUGGCCACCUUUCUAGGUGUAGCCUCAGGAGGAGUGGGAUCAAAGGAACCGUAGGUGAGGUAGAGGGGCAAGAGGAAAGGCUUUGCCGCUGAGAUGAGAGGGAUCAGCACAAACCCUUGCCACCCAAGUGCACGCUCUCUGUUCCACUAAGAGGUGAGCCUUCUCCCAGGGCAUAGGGCAGCUUCCUGGGCACCACACUGGUAAAUGUGUGUGCAGGGGGAGGUCUGGAAAUGUUUACAAUCCAGCCUAGCAUCUUGGCACUCCCCUAGCUGUGCUGGUGGCAGGGAUGUCGUGCUUUGGAGGAGCUGGGAAGAAGAGCAUAAAUAGUGCACUUGUCUGGCUAAUACUGUGACAUCUCACCUUAGCUAAGCAUUAGAAUAAUUCCUGGAGCCCUAAAUAGUUCUUUUGCUCUGUUCUUCAGAAACCUUGGACUUCUAGCCAAUCAAUCUGAAAUGCCAGAGGUAUUUUGAAAGAUGCCAUAGUCACAAAAUGCCAUUGAUCAGGGUUUUCAUUACUACACUACAUACACCAAUUUAUUACCUUUUGGCUUGUUGCAAUUUCCUGUUUACAUGUCGAGUGUAGCCAACUGUUUAAAUGUUUAGUUGCCAUAGUGUACCAGGAGGAGCUGAGCCAAUGACUCUUUACCAGCUCCUGACUAACCUACAUCACCACUGUAGAUCUUGCUGCAUGUCAGGCUCCUUUCUAUUAUUUUGGUUGCUGCAGUACUUCACAACUUUACAGGCCAUUGAGACCUUGUGAUCGUUUGGCAGCAUGUCACACCACGUGUAGGAAGCACUAUUUCCAGACGGCUCUUAUCAGAGCUGCUGUAUUACUGAAAGGGAGCAAAAGAGGUUGGGAAGUAAAUUUAAAAAAUUUAAAUUAAAAAGGUCAGGGAGUCUGAAAGCAGUGGAGGAAUGACUUUUGUGGCUACGUCUUGAUCCUUAAUGCUGGAAGUGGGAGGUGUUGUGAAAGCCGAGUCCCAAUGGUGGGGAGUUCUGGGCAGGUCAGCACCAUGAGAUUCAGAGGAGAGCAGGUAGAUUAAGCUUGGUUUGAGGUAAAGAUUUUCUUCCUGGGGACUGACCAGCCAGAGUUCUUUGUAAAUGACUUUCCUUGCACACUAAUCAUCUUGAAGAAAACACUAGCUGCUAACUCUAGGAUUUGCCUUUAGCAUGUUUAUAGGGCUCAAAAGCAAGGUUUUCAGAACGUUUGUCGUGUGACAUAUUUAUACAGAAAUACUCCAGUGUCUCGCUGCUGUUCAGUUUUCUCAACAGUGUGACAUUCGUUUGUUAACUAAAUUAAAAUCCACUCCAGAUCCUUAACUCUUAGCCAGUGUCUGGUGAAUCCAAACUUCAGGAUUUCCAGUGUCUUGGUAGAUCAUAUCACUCGGAGCAAAGAUGGACACUGUACCAAAAUACGUUUGAUUAACUCUUUGGCAGGGUCUGGUAGUAUUAGCAGUGAACGCAGAAGUUUGGGAUGAGGUGGUGGAGCCACUGGGGAAUAUUCCCGUUGGUUACCCUGUAGGACAGGUAUGUUUGGGACAAAGAUGAACUCUCUGACCCGCUAUUCCCCUUGAAACACAUCUCUAUGUGGGAUGGAUGUUUUCUCUUUUAGCUGUUCUUUUGCAUUAAAACAUGCAAAUGAAAUUAAGGAAAAUCGCUUUCAUUUUCCUGUUUUAAGAAAAAAAAAAAUCAAAAGCCAAAACCCUCUAUUGGAUCUUACCGCCUUGGUGUGGAGGGUGUAUCCAGAGCAUGGUGCUAAUAUGCAAUGUUUCGGAGUUCUCACCUUCUCAGAAUCCCAGACAGCAGCAGUGAUCGGCACUCUACUUCAAAAUUCAGGGGGUUCAUUCUUUUGCUUCUGUUAUGGUUUGAAUUUGGCCAAAAUCUCUGGCUUAAAUUGAGCUACUUCAAGAAGAGUUCCCUCAAACCGCUAUUUGUGUAAUGUAAAGCAUGAGUAAGUGCUGGACCCAAAUAUUGGCUUUUUUGUAUCCAAAAGAAUUGUGUAGUAACCAUUUUUACAUGUAUAUCAUGUGCAGACCUGGACUAUUCCAAUGAGUUAAUAUUUUAAUUAAAAUAGUUUGCAAAAACUGAUUCAGAUCAACCUUGUCUAAAUGUGUGUGUCUCUGUGUGUACAUGUGGGGAGCAGAAGCUACCUUCCAACUGAGUUUGAUCUCAAGAGAUGUCUCCCAAUUACUCAGUUGUUGUAAUCUGUGGGAAUCGCUUCAUAUUGUGUAGUGGAGGUAUACUGAGGACAUAAAUUAGUGUAGCUAUAAUGUAUAUGUUAUAGAUAUAUAUAUCACAUAAAUAUCUUUGUGAGAUAUAUGUAUAAAUAUCAAAUCAAAAUAGUCCAGAGACGCAAACACUUUCUGAAUCAGUUUGCAAACUCCAUUUUUAAAAAUUAAAACUAACUACUCCACAUUGUCCUGUACUCGUCCGCCCCCUCACACCACCACCGCCACACUAGUGUACCCAUCUGUCCUCUCACACGCCGCCGUGCUGUACUGUACUCCCACCUCCUGACGCUGUGCUGUACUGACCCCCCCGCCCCCCCACUGCCGCUGCGCUGUACUGUACCCCUCUGCCCCUUCACACUGCCAUCACGCUGUACUGUAACCCCCCACCCCCUCACACCACUGCACUGCACUGUACCCACCCCCUCAUGCCGCCAUGCUGUACUGUACCCCUCUGCCCCUUCACACUGCCAUCACGCUGUACUGUACCCCCCCACCCCCUCACACCACUGCACUGCCCUGUACCCACCCCCUCACGCCGCCGUGCUGUACUGUACCCCUCUGCCCCUUCACACUGCCAUCUUGCUGUACUGUACCUCCCCACCCCCUCACACCGCUGCACUGCACUGUACUGCACCCACCCACUCAUGCUGUCCUGCUGUAUUAUACCACCCACCCCCUCAGGCCACUGUCGCGCUGUACUGUACCUGCCCGCCCGCCCCCUCACACCACUGUGCUGUCCUGUAUCCACCCCCUCACUUACACUCCAACCAGGGCUUUAAAAAUAUUGUAACCUGUAAAUUGUGAAAACUACUCCGUGUCUCAGCAAGAUGCUAGUUUUCCAUCUUCUAUGUGAGGAUUAACACUGGGAAAAUGGCUCUGUGAAUAUUACUUUACAAUUUUUAUGACAGUAUUUUAAAAUACUGCUGCCAGUCUUGACACACUACAGCAUAUUAUUUCUGUGUGUUUGUUUUUUCCCCUUUGCAUAGACUUUAAACUCUGAUUAAAGUUAGUCCAGAGGUGCAAUAGCAGGAGAGUUGGCAUUUUUCAACCUCUUUAAUCAUAUUACACUUCUUUGGUUUUGUUAAUUAAAAUCAGUGAAAGGGACCACAUGUGCUUUAUUUGUUGUGGUUUCUGGAAAACAGAGGCCACCUCCCCCAUUCCCAUUGACUGUGUUGCACUUAAUUCCUUGGACACAACAUUGGAACUUUCACCGUAUUCAGUCUAGCCCUGUAAACUUCCAAGGGGUUGAAAAACAAACACGGUACAUACAGUAACAAAACAUGAAUGGAGAAGUCCUCAUGGACAUUUCUUAUCUAAGUCCUGCCUUGGGGCAGACCUAGAGCUGCUGUACUUUCAAUACAGCUGCAGUUAACUUUUUAAGUAGAAUGUUGCAUGUUGUCAAUAAAACCUGCACAGAGAACACAAUGGUGGAUACUGGAAUAAUACUGCUUAUUAUCACAAAGGGGAAAAUGACCUGUUGAACUCAAAACCGUGAUCCUGUCCACUCUUCAUUGGUGAAAAUAAAUCGUAUUAUACCAAUACCUAUUGUUACUCUGUUAAAUACGCACAUCUCUCUGGAGAUCUGUCUAAUGGUAUCUCAUUUGUGUAUAUGUAUAUACUCUGUGUGUGUGUGUGUAUGCGCGCACACAACUCAUGCUGUGCAUUUCUGUCAGGGCACUUAGCAUUCCCUUAGCUGUUAAGCUGACAGGACAAUUUGUGCAGCUGGACUGUGUUAGGGGGAGGAUAUGAGCAGAAGUGCACAAGGGUUGAAUGGAGUGGGCAAGCCCUGGUUUAAAUCUUGCCCUGUGUUGUGCAGGAUGUUAGAGGGUUCUGUAGCUGCUGCAGGCAUGUGAAAGGAGGGAAGAGCGCUCAUGAGGGGUGCAGCAAAGUUAGAAGGCAGCGCAGCAAGCAAGUUUGCCUAGCACUAGGGAAGCGGCGUGGGGAGCUACUGGUGCUGUUUGCAGUAUGCUUGUAGUCAGUGUGCUGUGAGGAAAGGCAGUGGUAUGUAAGAGUGAAAUGCUCUGCAGUGGGAGCUCAGAGUCCCUAGGCGCGGUUCAUCUCAAAAGAUCACAAACCCCAUAUAGUCGUCAUUAACUUUCUACAUUUCUGGGGAUCGGCUGCCACGAACUAUGAACUCUGCACCUUUGUUAUUGUUCCAUGUGCAUUAAGCUAAGGCCAAAACAUAAGAUAAAACUGUGAAUUUACUUCUUACUAGCUCCAUUCUUUAUCCUUCUCCCCACCCAUUCCUUCCAGAGCAUGGACACGUGUCUCUAAGUCUGGACAGUGUGCUGGGAACAGCAUCAUUUUCUUCCUUGAUGCAGGUGUGUGUGCCCACGUAAUGCUGCAGGCUUCUGAGUGAUGGGGUAACAGCUGGACAGAGUCAGCCCUUAGAACCCGAUUUUCUAGGUCUGGAAACCUUCAGAUUCCUGGCAUCUCCUCUCCACCCUUGGAUAGCAGCGAGGCGUCUGGCAGUUUGGGGAGAGGUGUCGGUUUCUGCAUGUGUCAGGUCAGAGUUGCACAUAUGAAGGGCAUCUCUUUGUUAGUGAGCCUUGUUCCUGCAGUCUCAGACCCCGCUAGCAUAACAGCAUGCCACACAUAAGGUGUCUCUUGGUGGUGUGUACGUACCAAAGGGAAGCCCCCAAACACCUGGUCCUGUGGGUUAUAGUUAUUCUCCGCAAGGUGGUUCCUUUGAAAGCAGGUUUGUAACCUUUCUUUUUCAGUAUCUCCAAGCUUUUGGCUUCCCUACCCUGUCAGCAGGAGUGUCUGUUCUUUUAAAACUGUCCACGCUCCUGGUUUAAAGCCCAUGGGACAGUUCCAUCCCCGCGCUUCCCUGGACUCCAGUCAGAUUGUGAGCCUAGAAGUGGGGUUUGUGUCCUUAAGAAAGGUUGGUGCCUGUAGCAAGAACUUGCGGUUGAUGUAUGUCUUGCUGUGUUCGUUUGAGUUUGCACUCUCAGGAUUCAUUUCCAUGGGAACCAGUGGAGAAAUGUUUGCGAGACUGUGCUGAGGGGUGCAGGGGGCUGUCAGAUCUGGGAAGAAGCCAGCUGACUUAGUGGUUUUAUUAAAACAUUACCCAAAAAAGAGAGAGACGCAGAUAACCCUGAUUCCUGUUGUGUAACAGAACUCAACCAAGUGGGCCUGACAGGGUCACUCACGUGCCUGGGAUACCCUGUUCCCAACCCUUGGCUAAAUGCUGGAGGAAGAAAGCCUGGCUCAGCCAGAUAGGGCUGGGUAAACAGCAGCAAACAAGCAGCGGACCCAAACUGUGGGCCUCUGGAUGCUUGCGCUUUGGAGGUACAUUGACCCCACCUGUCUGCCAUCUAGCCAUGUUCUGUAAAUCCGGGGUUAGCCCCUCUGCAGCCACACGCUCAGCCCGGAAGUCUGUUGGUAGACGGGAGGUACCACCACACAAUGUGCACAAAAUCAGGGGUAUCUCCUGUCCCCUUCCUUACCCCUCCUGGUACGGGUACCUCAGAACGGGCACCGUUCGCAUUUUCACUGACAAUUGGUUUGAUGAUUGUGAGUGAAAAUAUUGUAAUUAUCUGUAAAUAUGUAGUUAACAAAGUGACCUAGUUUCUGUAUUUUUUAAGUUUUUGUACUAAAGUUUAUAGCUACAGAAUGUGCCAACUAGAGAGGAGGUACUGUCGUUGCCAGUUGUAGCCCAGCCUGCAUCUAACCCCUUCAGUUGCCCAUGUGACACUAAGGAUUCAUGCUUAAACGUCGUAAGGGCGGGAAUAGGGGGGAUGAUAAGGAAGAAAAAUGGCUUAAUUUGCAGUCCAGGUGGAAAUGCUUCUGGACCUCCCGAAACAAGAUUGAUCCAUAUCUUUUAUAUUCACCACUUCAGUUAGGUCCCCUGUGUUUUAGAUGCGUGUCUAAAUGCAAGGUGAGGUGAUGUGGCCAGUGCAGAGGAUAGAAGUGUUGGCUUGGAGCUUUUUCUGUGGUUGAAACUCACAUAAACAAAGCCCAAUUUCUCGCUAUCCCUUUUAUUGUAUUUACAGAAUUGUACAGAAAAUUCAUAUUCCCCCCACCCCCGAAAAGGUUUUGAUGCCAGGAUAAUCUAAAGAGCAUGUAAACUAUUGGAGAAGAAAUUAAUUUUAUGAAGCUCGUUGCCUGCUUUUAGUGCCUGUAUAACACAUUUCUAUGGCAACUCAGAGCUCAGCAGAGUUUGGAAAUGAGCACGCAGUUGUUAAUGAACUGAAGUAUGUAAUCGCUGCUUUUGCAUGGCUUGGCAUCAGUGUUAGGCUAGGGCCACCUGAAAGCAUUGGAGGCAAAUUCUUGAUUAGAAAUGGUCAUUUGCUUAAGUUUAACUCGACUAAAUGCAUUGCCGAGGCAUGGUGUGUUCUCCUGGAAAUUGCAUGUGGUCAAGGAAUGGAAUAUGCAGAGGUGGGGGACAGUUUUCUGCCAUCGAGCAGGAUCUCCUUGCAGACUGGUGGGUGGACUCCCACUGCCCUGCAGGCAGAUGUUUAGAUGGUUGAGAUGUAGGCUACAGCUGGCUUGGAUUGUAGUUUUUGUUUUCAACACCCAUUACUAAAUUAGAGAGUCUUUCCCCUUGGAUUGCAUAUGAAUGACAUAAUCUGUCUCACCUCACUUGUCCCACCUUCAUGAGUCUCUCAUGGCAUAGGCAAAUCUGCAACCCUGGAAUAGCUCUGAGAGCUUGAGGUUCUCAAGAAAAGAAAAAUUACCACUAGGGAGAGCAGUCAUUGGAAGAUGUUUAAGUUUCCCUGGAGGCUGUUGGGUUGUGAACUCUUCAAGACACUGACAGGAUCAAAGAGGGGAGGAAAUGCGGAGAUGGAGAUGGAGAGGUGUGGGUGGUGGGUGUGGUUUCUGGCAAUCAAAACCACCUGCUUCCUUUCUUCAACCUUUCUUCUUCUCCUAACCCCCUCUCAGCUCUCACCUGAGCUUGCUUGGAAGAGGGACACUUUAUUUGACCAAACCAACUCAAAUUGGGGGUGGGUCUGAUGCAGAUACAUUAACGCUACCGAUCAGAUACAGCAUUAUACCAACUUGAAAAUUCUAAAUGCUGAAGAUGUUUUUAUUAACACUCGGGUUGCUACAAUUCCUAUUUAUGUUCUUUCAUGGAAGUCAUUAACCCAUUUAAAACUUACGGCAAACAGUGAUGAAAUUGCCAGAUUACCAGGAGGACGUUAGCUGUCAGAACCCUCUUGGUUUAGUAUACAAGAGAGGUAGCAUACCAUGCGUUAUGAGGGGUAGGAGAAGGUUGUGUGAGAUAUGUAUAGUGUAUAUUUUUAAAAAUAGCUUAUUGCUUGUAUUGUGAAGACUUUAAAGACAAACUUGAGAAUUCUAACAUAACUAUUAACAAAUUUAACAUAAGUUAUCCCACUGGGUUCAGAGCGUCUUGAAUGUAUAAUCUUUUUGUAACCCAGAAUGAUUUAUUCUUCUACCAGUCAGCCAGACAUCUUAUUUAUAUGUUUAAUUUUGUACAUCACUUUCCCUUUUGUUUUCAUGAUUUCCCGCAUGCUUCUGUUUGGUUGGUUGUUUGCACAAGUAUUGUGUAAACUAAAAGAAAUUUUAACUUGAACCUGGCAUUUUUACUUUCUUGGAUUUUCUUCCUCCACACUUUUUGGGGGAACCAGGGUGGGGGGUGUAUUUUCCAUUUGCAGCUUCCAGGUGAAUGCCUGGUCUUUUGCCAGUCAGCUGAAAAUGCUUCGCUGUCAGUUGCUUUAAAAGAAAAUAAAAAUGUCACCUUAUCAGCUCUAGGUAACGCAUGGGGAGGA